ACGGUACACUUUGACCUGGAGCUGACCUCGCCUCUCCCCCUCCCCGGUGGUGAAGAUGGCGCUGUCCAGGGUGUUCUGGGCUCGGGCUGCUCUGUGGGGUUCGGCCGUCACCCCUGGACCUGUUGUCACGCGUAGGCUACAACUUGGUCGCUCCGGCCUUGCUUGGGGAGCCCUUCGGUCUUCAAAGCUUCACCUUUCUCCAAAGGCAGAUAUGAAGAGCUUGAUCUCUUACGUGGUGACCAAGACAAAAGCGAUCAAUGGGAAGUACCAUCGUUUCUUGAGUCGUCAUUUCCCGCGCUUCUAUGUCCUGUACACAAUCUUCAUGAAAGGCAGGAUUACAGAUGUUUUGGGCUGAUGCCAAAAAGGCUAGAAGAAUAAAGACAAAUAUGUGGAAGCACAAUAUAAAGUUUCAUCAACUUCCAUACCGGGAGAUGGAGCAUUUGAGACAGUUCCGUCAAGACGUCACCAAGUGUCUUUUCUUAGGUAUUAUUUCCAUUCCACCCUUUGCCAACUACCUGGUCUUCUUGCUUAUGUACUUAUUUCCUAGGCAACUACUGAUCAAACAUUUUUGGACCCCCAAACAACAAAUUGACUUCUUAGAUAUCUAUCAUGCUCUCCGGAAGCAGUCCCAUUCAGAAAUCAUUAGUUAUUUAGAAAGUGUCAUCCCUCUCAUUUCUGAUGCAGGGCUUCGGUGGCAUCUGACAGAACUAUGCUCCAAGAUCCAGAAUGGUACCCACCCAGCAGCACAAGAUAUCUUGGCUCUCAGAGAGUGUUUCUGUAACCACCCUCUGGGCAUAAACCAGCUCCAGCCUUUGCAACUGAAAGCCUUGAGCCGGGCCAUGCUUCUCACACCUUACCUGCCUCCUCCCUGGUUGAGACGUCGUUUAAAGACUCAUACCACUGUGAUUCACCAGCUGGACAGCGCUUUGGCAAAGCUGGGGAUUGGCCAGCUCACCACUCAGGAAGUGAAAUCGGCUUGUUAUCUCCGAGGCCUGAAUUCUACCCAUGUUGCUGAAGACAGGUGUCGAACUUGGCUGGGAGAAUGGCUAAAGAUUUCCUGUAGCAUGAAAGAAACCGAGCUGUCCCUCUUGCUGCACAACGUGGUCCUGCUUUCUACUAACUACCUUGGGACGAGGCGCUGAGUGAACCAUGGGAUGGACGACACUGUCCUGCAGUCAUAUAAUAUAGCAGCGUGGGACCAAACAGCACUUGUCCACGGUCUGUGUGCAGCUCGGUGUGCAGGAGGCCGAGGAGCAGGUGCCAUGGCUUCAGUCACUACCCUUGUGGGUAGACAUUCCGCUCACAGCUCAAACUAAAGCCCUUCUCAGGGGUGGCCCAUGUAAGGUAUCACCUGUCUGAUAGUAAGCUGGAGUUGGCAGCAACCUAGUAGGCUUUUACCUUGAUGGGUUACUUUGUUCUGCUCCAGGGGGAAAUCAUUUCACAGAUAUACCAGCUACCAUAUUUGUUGUAACUGGUGGGGUGUUUUGUCCUUUUUUUUUUUUGGGGGGGGGGCUGUUGAGGACAUCCCAGCUGGUGUGGACAUUACUAGUGAGAUUGGAUCAUUUAUAUCCAUGCAUGUUCUCACUUCAGUGUUCCUUUGCCUCAUUUCUAAUAUGACCAAAAUAGGAUGUUUGUCCACUGCCAAGGGUGAACUACUCUUUGCUUUUAAAUUCCUUUGAACAUUCUUUUUAUAUGGCUAACUUACUUACUGAAGGGAAUGAUUAAAAGGAAGUGCUGCUUGACUCCUCCCCCAGGAUGUACAGCCUUCACUUCCAUGCUGUCUUAACUUCUGGGCUGUUGGACGGUCCUAAGAAUCUUUAAUUCGUUGCUGCCUCCACUGUGUUGCAGAACCCAACUGUAACUGACAGUGGCCUUUUGGGGCCGUGGGUCAAAACCUUAAGGUCCUAAUUACUGCCGGGAGGCAAGGAGAGGUCUGCAGCAAGACAGUGAGUAGGAGGUAGCUGAUGUGCACCUCUGUGACCUGUGACUCUGUAAUAACUUAUUAUAAAUGCAUGAAGCUGUUUUUAAACCCAAGUAAAGACUACUGAAACCAGCUGA